GUGUGUGUUGAGUGUGUAGUGUGUGUGAGAGCGCAGCCGGACCCGUGUGAUCAGCUGUGAUCGUGGGAAACGGACAUAAAUCCGUCUUUGGAGCAGAAACUCGAGAGAGAAUCCACUCUGAAGCGCAUCAUGGAGUUUCGGUAUCAGGUGAUUAUUGUGCAAAAAUAAAUCAUCGUAGUGAGUUUGUGAUGAGGCGGACUGCAGCGCGCGGGGGAGGACCCUCCGCUGGAAUUAUUGCGCAGUUUUUAAAAUAACGGAAAAACGGGAGCACAAACACACACAGAGUAUGUCUGCUAAAGAUAACGCCUGCCGAAAAUUCCAGGCCAAUAUUUUCAACAAGAGUAAAUGCCAGAACUGCUUCAAAGCUCGAGACGCGCACCUGCUGAGUGAUGAAGACUUCACACAGGCAAAACCCAUCUAUGGUGGAUGGCUGCUCCUGGCACCUGAAGGAACAAACUUUGACAAUCCUCUGCACAGAUCACGGAAAUGGCAGAGGCGUUUUUUCCUUCUGUAUGAACAUGGACUCCUGCGUUACGCGCUGGAUGACAUGGCCAGCACUCUUCCACAGGGCACCAUAAACCUGAAUCAGUGUGUGGAUGUUGUGGACGGUGAGAGCCGGACGGGGCAGAAACACUCGCUGUGCAUCUGCACACCGGACAAAGACCAUUACAUACGUGCUGAGAGCAAAGAGAUCAUACAUGGGUGGCAGGAGGCACUGAUGGUGUUCCCACGAACCAACAAACAAAACCAGAAGAAGAAACGGAAAGUGGAAACCCCAACGCCACAGGCUGCUGAUCUGCUAACAGGUCGUUGUUCCCAGCAGAACAUCAAUGGGUUUAUUGAACCAGGUCCUGCGAAGGUGACGGUCACCAGUACCAGCAGCAGCAGCAGUAUGGUGUGUCUCCCCAGCACUAUAGCUCAAGCAGAGCGAGUGCCAUCCACCAGGGCCACCCUGUGGCAGGAGGAAACAUGGAGUCGAGCCACUUUACCCACAAGCUGCAGCACCGGCAGCCUGAGUCAGCUGGAUUCAGGAAACGCAAGUGUUGGUCGUAAGCCACGGGUGGAGAGUGGAUAUUUUUCGCUGGAAAAAUCCAAACCUGAAGAAGACGAAGAACGACAGCAUCAUCGCCAGCAGGAGCAAGAGCCUUCGCCACCACCACAGCAGCAUCUGCUUUCUUCCUCCUCUUCCUCUCGCUCCAGGUAUCUCUCCUUUGAUCACGAGCUCUUCAGCUCUCCAAUCAGCUCACACAAACACACGUCACAUGACCCACACAGCGCUGCUAGCACACAGACUUACGGCAUUGCACAUAACGCCUGUGCUCACAAACACAACGCACAGAGACCCAGCAAAUCAGAGGAGCACGUUCUAGCGCUGGAUUCCCCGCCCUCGUCGGAUGCAACUCUCUGUCCCCUUCCCAGCCCAGACCGGCUCUCCAGUCCAAACUCGCAUGCAAACGUCCUCCCAUCGUCCCUGUCUUCCUCUCAGAGCUCUUUAGACUCUGAGCAGAGUCCGGAGAGCCGUGUGGGCAGGGCGGGGCGAGGUGGGCAGGGUUACGCCGCCCUGGCGGAUGUGCCCCGGGCGCGGAGACUCAGUCACCGGGAUGCGUACCGAUCCAGUCAGAAACGGCAGGAGCUGCGAGCACGCACGAGGAGCCCGGGCAGGGAGGAAGUGGAACGGCUGUUCGGACGUGAACGAAGGGAUUCUUCUGAAACUCUGCACUUCCUGCCCUGUGCCGCGCGCCCUGCCACGCCCACUGACACGCCCACUGCUUACUUUCAUUCCACCUGCUGGGGCCAAACUAUAACACACACACACACACACAUCUCAGAAUCAGAGACAUAAAAACUAAGGCUUUUUUCACACCGCAAGCAGCACAUAUUUAUUUUGGCCACCUAAGCAGCACAGUGAUGCAUAGAUGAUUUAGCAGUUUAUAGCCUGACCUUGGGGUUUAAGUUCCAUUUUGCUGAGAUUUGUACCAUUUAAAUGUAAAUGUGAUUAUGUAAAUUAGAUUUAGGAUACUUUUAUAAUAAUAAUUC